AUGAGCUAUCAGCGUCUGGAAUGGUCUACAGAUAGACUAGCCCGCUCUGAUAGUCUUCGGGACGGUCCUUUACUGCCACCCAAGGACACCUUCUCCUUUGACCUUAAAGAAGCCCUUGAGCUUCCACCGUCCAUUCCAAGCUCCCCGUCUGCUUCUACUAUCUCUGUUCCAACAUUGAACAGAUCCUUUGAGGGUGGACCGCCAGCGGUCGUCAGUAGGCCUCCGCAAUCGCUUCAAUACCAUCAUCAGCAUCAGCAUCAGCAUCAGCAUCAACAACAGCAACAACAACAACAACAACAACAACAACAACAACAACAACAACACUUCGCCCCAUCGCACCUGCAAUCAUCCACUUCGAAUACUGAGCGAUUCACCGCUCCUCACAGGGGAUUCAACAUGACUUCCACAAGCAAAGCCCAGGCGCAAUGUCUUCACCUCUGCUCUGAAGUCGCUACUUCAUGUGACAGGAUUGCGGAAAAGAUGUCCGAGUUCGCAGCCAUUGUCAAGCAAUUCCCGCACGGAUUCGGCCCCUUGGCCCGCGAUCUCCUCGAUACCUGCCAGGUCCUCUUCUACAUCGAGGCGGGCCUCAACGACGCCGCUCGCAACGAUCAAUCCCUUCCUCUUGAUAUGAUCACCGUGCUGGAGAAGAAGUUUCGAGCGGCACAGAUCAACUUCCGUGCUCUUGACCAAGUUAUAGUCAAACUACUUGAACAUGAAACCAAAGGCGCCGUGGGCCGUAUGCGCCGCGGCUUCGGCAAGAUGUUUGGAGAUAACAGUCUCGAGCGUAUGAGCAUUGCUCUAGUCAAGACGCGAGAAGAUUUGAAGAUUGGCGCCGUCAUGUUCCAAUGGAAGCUCGGUGCCGGCAGGAUGGAAAGUGAGCUUGGUAUCGGAUACAUUGGACUUGUCUCUGCCCUAGACGGGACAGAGUUCCAACGCCAUCGCACGGACUCAUUGGUCUCUGAGGAAAAGAGCUCCGUCUACCACAGCACAGUCAGGCUUCCGUCUCAACCCCGAAGUGUCAAUAACGGUUCGAUGAUGACGGCGUCUCCGCUACCUCUUCUGCCACCUAUCCCCAAGGCGGAGCUAUCACCUCACUAUGGCCACGACUACCCCCAUGCAGAAAGCAAUGGCUUCACCUCGGCGUCAGACUACAGUGGCCUCAGCCCCGGAAUGAAGAGGUACACCUCAAGCUCCGCGGCAAGCUCUUACGAAGGGCAACCGUCAAGACGAAUGACGGGCCAAGAAAAACUGAGUACCUUUGAGGAAGGCAUCGAAAACAGCACAGCACUAGAUGAACUUGUGGCCAGUGUGAAGUCUCGCGAGCUAGACAGCCCCAAAGUUCUCCAUCCAGACAGCGAGCCAUUUGGCGUACCCCGACGAAAGCCUCGCACCAAUGUGGACGCAGACAGGCCAAACGUCAAGCAGAUUCUGGUAUCUGCGGUCCAUGCGAGGGAUCAUAAACUUCUCCUGCAGCUUCUUGACCGAGGUGUUUCUCCCGAUACCGGCAUCGACGCUCACGCUCUCAACGAGGCCAUCCUCGCCCAUGACGCCGAGAGCAUUCGCAUGUUGCUACUGUACGGGGCAGACCCCAAUGCCACCGACAAGAACGGUGUAAGUCCUCUUGCCGCAGCGGUUGAGAAGUCAUAUCUAGACGCUGCCAUUGCGCUUGUCAAGUACGGCGCGGAUCCCAACAUGCCUGCCGGCUCUGACUUGGACUCGGCGCUUUCCAUUGCUGCCGGCGCCAACCACGUCAGCCUCACCCAUCUACUCCUGAUGUACGGCGGAAAAGCAAGGCAGUUCAUGUCGAACGGUAACACCGUUCUCAUUGGGUCCAUCAACAAGAAGACCCCAAAGACGCUGAUCGAAUUGCUUCUCAACCACGGCGCCGAUGCCAACGAGAAGAGCAAGGAAGGUAAAAGUCCUCUAUUUGAAGCAAUUACCUGCGGUAGAGCCGACAUCGUCACCAUCCUCAUCGAGCGUGGUGCCAACCCCAACAACCCUGGGCCAAAGCACAUGCUCUGGCCAGCCAUCCAUCAACCCGCAUGCUUGCAGGUGCUCCUCGCAAACAAGGCAGACUACAAGAAGGCCCCUGGUCUCAUGGAACUAGCCACGAGCGUCAACAGCAUCGAGGUCAUCAAAAUCCUCCUGAAGGCGGGCGUUGACCCCAACGCCAAAAAGGAUGGCGUCUACACUCCCCUCUGCACGUCGAUCCGCGACAACCGCCAGGACAUUUUCGACCUCCUCCUACGAAGCGGUGCUGAUCCCAACGUCCCCGCGAGCGAAUACCCCUGUUUCAAGUGCGUCACUCACCACCGAGAGCAUCUCCUGCCGGCUCUAGUCGCCGCCGGCGGCAACCUGAACUCGCCCAAGGGCAUCCUCGAAACGGCCGUAACGUCCAAGAACGGCCCAGCCCUGAAGUGGCUCCUUGACCAGGGCACUGACCCCAACGAGAAGACGCCCAAGGGCCACACCGCGCUCACCAGUGCCAUUCGCGACAACCACGUCGGCUUCGUGGACACGCUGCUCGCGCGCGGCGCAAACCCCAACAUCCGGGGAGAAGACUGGCCCGUGUGCAUGGCCGUCCGCAACCCCGAGAUUCUGAGCCGCCUGCUGGCCGUGCUGGCCGAACCUCGUGCCUUCAGGGGAGUCCUCGAGCGGGCCGUCUGCGCGAAUCAGCUCGAGUCCGUCAAGCUCCUCCUGGCCGCGGGCGUGUCGGUCGAGGACAAGAACGUCGGCGUCUUCUCGCCCCUGACCUCGUCCAUCCGCGAGCUCCACAAGGAGAUCUUUGUGUUCCUCGUCAACGAGGGCAAGGCAGACGUCAACGCCCCCGGCGAGCACCUGCCCAUUGUCAAGGCGCUUCGCCGCUGCGCCACCGAGGCGCCCGAGGUCAUCGACAUACUGCUCGAAAAGGGCGCCGACCCGAACAAGAUGUACAGAGACUGGAACGGGAUCAUGCAGGCCCUGGAGAACGGAGACGCAGGCAUGCUCAAGAAGCUGGCGCAAAAGGCGGGCGUCGACCUCAAGGUCAGGGACGAGAUGGGCAGAACAGUCACCGACAUUGCCAUGUCAAGACGGUGGGAGGAGGGCGUCGACAUUCUACUCGCAAACGCCAAGUAG